AUGGAGCCAAUAAUUAAUCAAUAUAUUGAAUUCUUGGAAAAUGAUGUCAAAAAAGAUACUAGUGGAUUAGCACCCAUAUUAAGAAGUGUUUCAUUGUUUGGUAAAAAGGUAAAUGAUAGUAAUUUAGAAUUGAGUAAAAAUUCUAAAACUCCAGUCAAUAGCGCUACCAAGAUAACCAUAAUUAAAGGUUAUAUGUGUAUGUUAAGAUGUCAAUAUGUGGAAGCAGAAAACCAUUUUACUCAAGCAUUGAAUGAAAUACCAAAUGAAUAUCAUCUGCAAUUAAGUUUAUUGAAAUCAUAUAAUCAAAUGACGGGCACUAGUAUUUUUAAGAAAAAGGAGUUAGAGUUGAUGUUGCAUAAUGUACAAAAAUUAGAACUUGAUGGGAGUUUAAAACAACAAAUUUUAGCUAAGAUUUAUCAUGAUUUACAUAAUAUUGAAGAGAGUAGUAGUAGUUCUAAAUCAAGAAAAACUGGUAAAAAGAAAAAUGGAAUUUUGAAACUCAAUCAAAGGACCGAUUACUUAAAGUCACUGAUUGAAACAUAUAUUCAAGCUAUCAUUAUGGCACCAGUUGAUGAUUUGUUUAUACCACUGUUGUAUGAUCAUAUUCUUUCCCUAUUAAUUACCAAUCAAAUUAAUAUUCGAAUUAUUGCUUUUUUCUAUCAGAUUCGGUAUCAUUUUGCUAUUAGAGCUGAUUAUGAAUAUCUUUAUAUUCCUGGGGUGCUUGAUGAUUUUAAUGUUGUUCCUAGUUCAGUCAAUGGAGAUGUUAUUUAUGAUAUUAAACAAUACUUAGAGAAAGGAAUAAUCAAUGGGUCAACUAUACUUAAAGAGGAUCAUGCUGAUUAUGUUAAAUAUUGGAUGAAAGAAUAUCGAAAAGAACAUAAAGUUACCCAAACUAUUAAGUAUUAUUAUGAUAAAGUGUUUAUGGAGACAUAA